UUGGCCCUGACGUGCCGAGGCUACAGUCGUGACGUCGGGAGGAGAGGGAGAAGCCCGCCCGGAUCGGAAAGGACAGCGAGGAAGCCAAGCAAAUCCCGGCAGGAAAUUCCAACGAGGAGCAAAAAAAGAAAAAAGCAAGCAAGCAAAGGAGCCCCCAAGAUCAGCGAGCCCCAGGCGCUGCCGCCACUGCUGUUUGACGCCUCCCGGCGACCCCCACCGCACCCCACUCCGGACGGCCUUGGAGUCCCGGGGUUUCUCCUAGGAAAGACCCGCGCGCCGUCCCCACGAGGCUGCAGGCCCCCCGAAGUGGGCAGGAAGAGGCUGGCGAGGGCCGCCGCCGCCGCCGGAGGGAGGAGCCAGAGGGCGGGGCCGGCAGAGCAAGCAAGCGAGGGAGCGAGCGAGCGAGGCAGGAGCUGGAGAGAGAAGAAAGAAGAAAGGAAGAGACGCGCGAGCGCUUGCGGCGGCGGAGGAGACAAAGGGAGAGCCCGGCACCGCCCGCGUGGAGCUGCCGCGUCGGGCAAUGGGCAAGGCGAGAGGAAGCCCACACGCCUGACGCCGCGCUCUCCUGGUCGCGCCUGCCCCAGCCCCGCUCCACGCCACACCGAAGCCGAAGGGAUGGCUCUGCCGGCUUCCCGAGAUGGGGCUCCUGCGAGCGAUCCCUGAUCUCGGCGCUGGAAGUGACGGGAGCGAGUUCCUGUCGGAAGUGCUGUUGGCCCUGCAAAGCCCUGAGCCAGCAAUGGGAAGAAGUUGGGCUGGGUGCUGGUGUUACUGGUCGUGUUACCCCAAGUAUCCAAAAACUCAGGAGUUUGAAGAAGAGAGCACAGGCCGUGCCCAUGAGCCUUCUCAGCACUCUCCUUUCCUCCCUUGGGCUCCUUUAGGAGCCAGAACUCCCCCCUCUCCGUGAAAGGCCCAAGCCUGCGCCCCAGUCUCCGGCCAACCUCUUCCAUGGCUGCAGUUGUGGAGCACCUCCAGGAGGCCGCGUAACUCACAAGGGGCUGAGCUGCUGCAGACCCUGCUUCCACUGCCUUGACUGAAGCAGGGCCUUGGUGGUGGUGGCCCCUGGAUUGUACUGCAGCUGAAAGAGAGCACCCUACACAAUCUUUGGGGAAAAAGCAAAACUGGACGUACAAGGAGAGCAGAGGGGAAGCUUGUGAUCCCAUCAACAUGACUGGGCAGCAAGGGAGGAAGCAGAGCAGGCAAAGGCACCCGCAGAACUGAGCCUAGUCCCUGCCUCUUUGCAGAAGACCCAAAAGUGGGGGAAAGAGAGAAAGAGUCUCCUGCCCACCCCCCACCCCCAAAGCUGGAACUGAAUAAACUCCUUGGCUUCAAGGCUCGUAGGGCGAAACCUCUGCCAGUCCUCCGGAGCGAAGAUGGUGAUGUCCCACGGCACCUACACCUUCCUCACCUGCUUUGCCGGCUUCUGGCUGAUCUGGGGGCUCAUUGUGUUGCUAUGUUGCUUCUGCAGCUACUUGCGGCGGCGCAUGAAGCGGCGGCAGGAGGAGCGGCUGCGAGAGCAGCACCUGCGCACCCUGGAGAUGGAGCCCCUCCACUACGAGGGCUAUGGGGGCCCUGCCUACGGGGGCUCCGGCUAUGGGGGCGGGUACAUCAGGAACCCACCGGGCAUCGCGGUACCUCACCGACUCCGGAUUGAGCCCCAUCGCCCUCACCUCCCACCCCCGAGGCCGUGGAGCUGCAGGCAUGGUAAGGGCACCCGAAGGGGACUGAGCCCACUCCUGGUGCAGAAUACGGUCGCGUUUGGGAGGAGCGCUGCUUCUGCAGAACCAGAUCCAUCCAAGCCACCUUGCUACGAGGAAGCAGUGCUGAUGGCCGAGCCGCCGCCGCCUUACAGCGAAGUGCUGACGGACACGCGCGGCUUGUACCGCAAGAUCACCACCCCCUUCCUGAGCCAUGAGCAGCCGGAGAAGCAGGAGCAGCCGCCCAGCUACAAGCCCCUCUUCCUGGACCGGGGCUACAGCUCAGCGCUCCACCUGCCCAGCACAGCCAGCCGGGGCCCCACCUGCACCAACCUCUACUUGGAGGCUGAGCACUCGCAGCGCAUCUUCCCCAGCUGGACAGACUCAGAAUUCAGCGCCAGAGACAGCUAUGAGCCGGGGCCCUGGCACCUGCCGGUCUCAAUGCCUUUGUUUGGCAGGACUACUGCAGUUUAGCACGCCAUGCCACACCCUGGGUGGGACUGUGGCUGCUGCUGCACACAAGCUGGAGGAUCCCGGCAGCCUGUUUGUUCCCUUGGUCUGCGGGAGCCACCCAGCCUCUCAGUCCGAGCCUUCCAGCCAUGUCUGGGCCAUGAGCCCUCGCAGUGCAAAGAUCUCCUCCCCCCAGUUGCUCUUUGACCUCCUGGCCAGGAUGAGAUUGGGGCUGGUCUCCCCAUCUCGCCCACUUCCCUUUUUCUGGGCCCGCUACAGGCUCUGUUGGUGCUGACUGCAAGGGGGCCUUUGGGUUCGUUUCCUAUUUUUCGUUUGUUACAUUUUGAAAAUAAUAAAAGUUUGUGGAACCUGA